GGCAGGUGAAUGGCCUUGUAGAGCGCUACAAUAAAUAAAGAGCGACUGACACAGAGCGAGAGAGAGAGAGGAACAGAGUGAGAGCAAGAGCAAGAAAGAAACACAGAGCAAGAAGAGAGAGAAGGACAGCGACAGGAGGAAGAAGAAAAGAGGUACCGAUUUCGCAGUAAGAAAACGUCUGCUCUUUUAGUUUUUCCUUUUCUCGGGAAAAUUUGUGUUUUUAAAAUAUGACUGAUAAUUUGUUUAUUGUGUGGAGUUUUUGUUGUUUGUUCGUUUGUUUUCUUUCCAAUUUGAUAAUUUCUAUGGUGUUUCUAUAGAGAUUUGCGUCUUCUGGUCAGUGGGUGGUGUGGGGUUUUGGGGAAAGGCGAAAGUUCAUUGUGGAAAUUUCACUGUUGCAGUGUAAAAAAAAAAUACUAACAAAGACCGGCCAUUUCUCUCUCUCUCCCUCUCUAGUCUCCACCUUUUUUGAUUCUUUGGUUUUUACAGAUCGGGUUUGUCUCUGGGGAAGAAGGGUAGGGGGAGGGAGAAAAAAUCUCGGCCAUAGAUUUGUGAUCCUUUGUUUUUUUUUUUAUAAAUAGGGUUUUUGGGAGUUUAGUAACGCCCCUUCUGGCCUCUCUGCUUGCUCUCUCUCCUUCCUCUGCUCUCUCGCCUUCUGCGCUUCACACCUAUCUAUCUUGUUAGGCUUAUCGUUUUGGGUCUUUCCUCUCCUUGAAGGGAAACGAGGAGGAAGAAAGAGCAGGAAGACAGCUCUCCGUUGUUCAGGAGCCGUGGGAUUUAUGUCGGCUGGGUUUAAUUUGGCUGUGAUUGGGGCUCCGUUGAAGCUCUCUUGUAUUUCGAUUUCUGCUUCUGCAAAAGUGAUUGUUUCCGUCGUCGUCAGCUCACUUUCCUCCGCCGUUGCCGGUCCCAGCCGCUGCUGCCGUCCCCGCUUCAUACAACUCUGCUGUCCCCAGCAGAGAACGGCGCCGAGGUCCUCGGUUGAUUCGAUGCGUUUGAGGCCAAAACGGUAUGCUUUUCACACUCCGUCUCUUUCUCUGUACUGUUCUUUGUGGAAAUCUGUAAUGGGUUUAGCGUUAAAGAUGAGGUUGUUCGAUGGAAUGCCUGACCGGCGGACUUUUCCUUUGUUUAUUUUUUGCAGGACUUCUUCUGGUAUUGUGGAGUGCUUUGGGGGUUUUCACAUAAAUCGAUUUUCUCACUUAUUCUUGUUCUUGAGAGGGGGUCUCACUUGAUUACCCCUCUUCUUCUUCUUCUCCGUCAACCCUUAAACCCUUCUUUCUCUCUCUCUUUUCUCUAAUUACUAUCUACUGCGUCUUACCCUGAGAUUUUUACUACUCUGAUUUGGUUUGGGAGAUCGAAUUCUUUUCUGGGUUUAUUGAGGGGUUUUGGCGAGUGAUUCUGAGAUUUACCAUGCCGGAGCUGGUAGAACAACAGCCGAUGAGCUCGCCGGAGCCCUUGCAGAGAGUCAUUGCCAACUCCUCCUCACCUUCUCAAGACUCGAUGGAGUCAAGGGUACGGAAAGUCCGGGUCAUAUAUCAAGAUCCAUAUGCUACUGAUACCGAUUCCAGCGAUGAUGAAUUCAGGUGCCCUGUUCCAGCUCCGAAAAAAAAAUCCAAGUGUUUCGUCCGUGAGAUUUGUGUCCCUCCGAUUGGUUUAUCCCUCUCACAGAGCACUGUUGAGCAGCAGCUGCAGGAAUCUUCCUCUCAAGACAGCAACAGCAACGAUUACAGUGGCAAAAACCCCAUCAGGAGGAGAAAUGUUUUGGCCACCACUCCAUCGUCAUCCAAAGGACCCAAGAAGCCUGUUGGUGUUAGGCUGAGGAAAUGGGGGAAAUGGGCUGCUGAGAUAAGGAACCCACACACCAGAUCCAGGGUAUGGCUCGGUACUUUCGCCUCUCUUGAAGAGGCUGCUCAGGCGUACGAGGACAAGAAGCGAGAGUACGAUGCCUCGUUCCCCUCGGAAGACCACCAGAAAAGCGUCAACAACAUGGUGCCUCAGUCUUCCUCUGCUGCUCGUACUGCUGUCUCGCCCUCUACCAGCAAGAGCCAUCUACCUUGUUGCUCUACCAACGGCAAUGACUCUGAGAGCCUUGUCUCCUCCCAUACUUCACCAGCAUCUGUUCUCGAGGUGGACAACUGUGCAGUGUCAGCGCUGAACUGUGAUUUUAGCAAGGAAGAGUGCUUUGACAUUGUCGAGGAAGAAGGUUUACAGGCUGCUGCUCUUACUGUUGAAGACCUGGAGAUACCUGAUUUGAGCUUCAUUGACGAGGCGUUGGGGUCUGCUUGUCCUGUGGUCGAUCAAGAUCUCGACUUGGGUGUUGAUUUCACCAGCCUAAUCGAUGAGUUUGGCAGGAUGUAUGAUGAUUACUGUGGCAUUGGGGAUGAGCUUGACUUCCUCGGGUUUGACUUCGAAGGAGGAGAAAUGCUACCAACUGAGCUUCCCGAUUAUGAUUUUGAGUUCGACAGUGAGGAGUUCGCUUACCUGGAUGAUCAUCAACAGCAGCAACAACAACAGCAACAACAACCCCUCAAUAUCGCUUGCCUAUAAGUUUUGCAGCUAGUGAGUUUUACAUGUUCGGUUUAAUUUUGGUAUGUCAAAUCCAAUUAUUAUUUAUGUAUUCGUUGAAAGACAAAAAAAGAAGGAAGAGUUCUGUACUAGGCAGAGUGAGGAUCUCAAGAACACUGCUUGAUGAGCAAAGCAAGCAUUGUGGUGUUCUUUUCUGAGAAUGGUUUUUGGCGGAGUGAGUUUUGUUUUAAUUACUGUCUAGUUUUGUCUGGUUGAGGAGAUGGGGGAAUUGAUCCUUGAGGGUUUUGCUGGUGCUGUAAAAGCCGUCCCAAAUGGGUGUAUUCCAGUCUUUUAAAGUCUUCCUCACCAGAGUAAUGGUUGCUGUAAAACUCUGGUGAAGGUUAUUCGAGGAAUGCUCAAAACCCAUCUCUCAUUUUUCUUUCAAGUUUUGUACUGAAAUGGAACUGUUAUCAGAUUGUGUUAACUGGGUUGUUCUUUCUGCCAUUCUUCAUAUAUCCAAUGGACACAGUUAGUGCUGAAGCUUUUACUACCAUUGUUGAUUGUGCUGUCCAUUAAUGGUUGUCUCAGGUGGAGGAUGUGUGUAUUGAAGUCAUGUAGGUGAGAUUUGGGGGUGUUGUUGGGAGUUUCAUUUUGCGUGUGUACUGUAUAGGAAUGGUGGCAGCAAAGAAGCCAUGUUUGGAGAUUCGCAGCUAAGCAAUAUCGCUGCUGCUGGGCCAGUGGUAGUAAAGUAGUACUGGCGACGUACGUUUUGGUAGAGGGGCGAAGCCCAUUCCCGCAAUAAAUUGAAGACAUCUAUCUCUCUUUGUCGUGCGAUAGGUGUAUUGUAAAAAACAUGGGUUUUCUGCGUUUUGGUCACUCUCUGAAUGCUCUCUCUUCUUGUGCCUUACACGUAUUUGCCCAUCAUUUUCAAUUCCUUACCCCUUCUCUGAAAUGCUUGAAUUUCAAAUGCUUGAAUUUCCAAGUGAAUUAUCCAUUUGGGGUAUUUGUCUAUAACGCCAUUCGUCAGAUUUCAUCAUAAUCAAUUAGUCGUUUAUGCGCUAGGCAGGCAGGUUGGCAGUCUACGACAAACAUCGUUUCUAUUUUCUUAUUAUCUGACAUUAGAUAGAGUAACCGAGAUUAGGGGUGUCAAAUUGGUGCGAGUGUUUGUGGUUAAGCACAACCAUAAAGUUGUGAUUAUUCUAAUUAAACUGCAUUGGUUGGUGGUUGAUCACUAUCGUAGUCAUUGCGUUUUGGUUGUGGCUACCCGCAAAAGUUCAUCCUUCAAGGUGUGGAGCUGCAAUCGACUGGAACGAAUCCGCUAUUUUCUACUAAACUAUAGUGAUGUACUUUUUGUGUUUGCUCAUAGAGAUGCAAUUUUUGCAUAUCUUACUCGGUGUGAGCCAUUUUUCUUUUCGAGUUUGGGAUUCAACUUUUGGACUGAAGAAAUGAGAAAGAGAGAAAGUGUUUGCUUUACAAAAUGCAAAUUAAUCUCACGUUAAGUAGUGAAUUAUUUUAUAAUGUUACAAAAUUGGUCAUUCCUCCUUAUUAAUAGGUGUUGUGAACUUAGAGAUAAAUCAAAAGGUUAUUAGUCUAAUGUGACUAUAGUGAGUUUUGUAACUGAACCACUGAUAAAAAAAAUAUAAUUCUCCUAACCACAUUACUAUCCACAAAUUAUAAGUAUGAUUACCCCACAAUAUGUGAAGUUUGAUGCGCUUUGUGAGUUAUCCGUAAUCCGAAAACCAAACUUUCAGCCCUAACUUGGACAGUAAAUUUUUGUUUGAUUACAACGGCACUUGGAAGCAAGUAACAAUCACUCGCUUUUUCGUAAUUUCUAAUCCCCGGUCCCCUUAUCCCGGCUUGAUUUGUUUGUUUGUUAAUAAUUGUUACCGGUCACAUCUUCAUUCAACAAUUACUAAUUUUGAAAGGAUCAAACUAAGCAACUAACUAAUCACUACCUACCACCCAUAAGACUAUAAAUUAAUCAACUAAAAGGGUGGGAUUAUUUUUCUCGGUGUAUUGACAGUGUCAACAGACAAGUGAUGGCAGGAAGCAAAACUUUCGAAUCACGUGCACAUAAAUGGGCAUAUUGAUUAAAACUAGCAGUAGAGAGAGUGCAGAAUUAGAAAAAAUCAGCGCACGAGGGAGAGAUGCUAUUUGGGUUGCAGAUUAGAUAUUUGACCUCUACUAACAAAGUUUUCUGAUGCUAAAUUGAAGGCGCUAAAUAAAGAUUACCGUUUUGUUUCUGUUGGGACAACAUAGAUUUCUCAAAUCGUACCGUACCGGGCGUUCAAUCACAAAAUAUUAAUAUUGGAGGCUAAACUAUUAGACGAUCACGGUAUUUAACGGUUAAACAAUAGUUAAACUACGAUUUUUCCACAAGAUAUUAUACCGCCGACGUUUUUGGUACGGUUUUCGAUCGGUUUCAUGGAAACAUGCCAGAAAAAGAGUGAGAGAAAGUUGCUAAAGGAUGAAAGUUCGCUUGUUGUGGCAUUGGCAGGAACCUCAAAUACAAGUAGGGGUAUGGGCGAAAUUGAUUUGAGCAAUCUUUUCCGGCUAAGAUGACAGGGACGCGAAAUGUAUCAUCCUCUUGGUCACAAUGUUUGAAGUUAGAUCAUGGGUGUAAUCGGACCACAAUGAAGGAUCAUUUGUCAGGUACUCCGAAGGUUUUUUUUUUUACUCGAUUAUUCUAGGAGGCCACAUUUCUUCCAUUUGCUCUCAAACUUCAAUCGAGUUUGACAUAUUGUAGGUGUAUUAUGAAGAUAAUAUAAUUCUUCAAAAUUUCGAAUAGGAAGCACGACAGUAGUUAUUGGAGGAUGGGAAUGAUCAUCUUUAUCGAAAUUGUAUCCUUUUAAGUUGAUUAUCUAAAUUCAUCUUUAUCGAAACAAUUUAUUUAAUUUGGCUACCAUAACAGAAUUCAUGCGAUUUUUUUUCCGGAAGACCAUUUUCCCGGGAUUUCGGAGGCAAUGAUCACGAAUUCGGCCUGAGGCGCUAUUCUCCAUCGAAAAUAAAAUCUAUUAAGCCUU